GUACCAAACACCCGUCUUGCCUCCUGUCUCGUAACUUCCAGUCCGAUUACUCUUUGCUUCAAAUUGAACUCUCGGAACUUUCUGAAAUUUCAAAAAGUAUCAGAAGAUGUCUACACCAACUGUUGUGCUCAUCACCGGAGUCAACAAAGGUAUUGGCAAGGGACUUCUGGAAAAGUACCUCGCUCGGACGAAUCAUACGGUCGUCGGUAGCGUGCGAGACACCAAAGCUCAAGCAUCCCAAGACCUGGACAAACUUCCCAAGGCAGAGGGCUCCCGGCUCCUCCUCAUUAGUAUCGAUAGCAUUUCACCCACCGAUCCUCUCCAAGCGGUCAAGGAUGUCGAAGCAGCUGGAAUCAAGCAUGUAGACCUCAUCAUUGCUAACGCUGGCAUGGGCCCGAUGCCACCCAGAAAGCUGGACACCGCCGAGAUCGAGACGGUAGAGUACACUCUGCAGGUCAAUACUCUGGGACCCAUUCGUCUCUUCCAGGCUUUCAAGUCGCUUCUUGACAAGUCUAGUUCUCCGAAGUGGGUUUCGGUUUCGAGUGGUGCUGGCUCCAUCACCAACUGCGAGAAGUACAUGGCAUUUCAUGCCGGUGCUUACGGUGUGUCCAAGGCCGCUCAGGAUUGGUUCACUGUAGCUAUCCAUGCGGGCAACCCUUCGCUGGUAGCACUUGCCAUUCAUCCUGGACAUGUUCAAACAGAGAUGGGUAACAUCGGUGCGCGCAUCGUGGGACUCAAAGAAGCACCGCAUACGAUUGAGGAGAGUACUUCGAAGACCAUAGACUUGGUGAGCUGUCCCAAUCUCUUCUAG